AUGAAAGUUUUAAGUAUUGGAUCCUUUUUGGCUUUGUCCGGUUUAGCAGCAGCCGGAAAUUUGCAUCAUGGUGGAGCUAGCACUUAUACCUCAGUGGUCGAACAUGGUGACAGUUAUGGUCAUGGUGGACAUGGUUGGUCGGGACAUGGCGAUGAUAGUUAUGGUCAUGGCGGAGCUGGUUAUGGCCAUGGUGGUGCUGGUGCAGCGAGCAGUUAUGCCACAAUGGUCAAUCAUGGCUAUGGUCAUGGGCAUGGCUCGUCAGAACAUGGUGUUGAAAGCGGCCAUGGUUUGUCAGGACAUGGAUAUGCAGGUGCUAGUUAUGGUCAUGGCGGUGCCGGUUAUGGCCAUGGUGGUGCUGGUGGAGCUAGCAGCUAUGCCUCCGUUGUCAAACAUGAAGAUAGUCAUGGCCAUGGUGUUGAAAGCGGUCAUGGUUGGUCUGGACAUGGAGAUGCUAGUUAUAGUCAUGGCGGAGCUGGUUAUGGCCAUGGUGGUGCUGGUGGAGCUAGCAGCUAUGCCUCCGUUGUCAAACAUGAAGAUAGUCAUGGCCAUGGUGUUGAAAGCGGUCAUGGUUGGUCCGGACAUGGAUAUGCAUCUUAUGGUCACGGCGGUUCCGGUUAUAGCCACGGUGGUGCUGGUUCAGAUCAUGGUCAUGAUUAUCAUUCAUAUCCCAAAUAUGAAUUUGCAUAUGGUGUUAAGGACUCAAAAACUGGUGAUAUGAAAGAUCAAUGGGAACAUAGAGAUGGUGAUCAUGUCAAGGGUAGCUACACCUUGAAGGAAGCCGAUGGCACCACUCGUGUUGUUGAUUACCAUGCCGAUGGUCAUCACGGUUUCAAUGCUGUCGUCAAGAAAUUGGGUCAUGCCCAACAUUCUGAAUCUUAUCAUCAUGGUGGACACUUGGGUCAUGGUGAUGGUUACAGUCACUGAUAUGGCCAUGGUCAUGCUACUAGUUAUGCCAAAGUCAAAAUGCAUUAA